CUUCUGUGGUUUAUCUCUUGAUUAUACCAGCGGAACGCACUUGGCUUCUCCGCGAAGGAAGACUCUUCCAAGAUGCCGAUCAACCAACCCUCAAAUCAGAUCAAAUUCACCAAUGUAUCAGUCGUCCGAUUAAAGAAGGGCAAAAAGCGCUUCGAACUCGCCUGCUACAAGAACAAACUCCUGGAAUACCGCUCCGGCGCCGAGAAAGACCUCGACAACGUGCUACAAGUGCCCACCAUCUUCCUGUCGGUGUCGAAAGCGCAGACGGCGCCGUCGGCCGAGCUGGCCAAGGCGUUCGGCGCCGACACGCCCGCCGAUGAAAUCCGGCAAGAGAUCCUGCGCAAGGGCGAGGUGCAGGUCGGCGAGCGCGAGCGAAAGGAGAUCAUCGAGCGCGUUGAGAAGGAGAUUCUGGAUAUCGUGUCGGGCCGGCUGGUGGACCCCACGACGAAGCGCGUCUACACGCCCGGCAUGAUCUCCAAGGCGUUGGAUCAGUUGAGCUCGGCGAGCGGACAGCAGCAGACCCAGGGCCCGGCGCCCAGCGAGACGAACGGCGACGGCGACGAGAACCGCGGCGGCAGCGCCGCCCCCCGGAAACCCCUGUGGACGGGGGUCGCGGCGAAUAAGUCGGCGAAGAGUCAGGCGCUCGAUGCGAUGAAGGCGCUGAUCGCGUGGCAGCCCAUCCCGGUGAUGCGGGCCCGCAUGCGCCUGCGGGUGACUUGUCCGGUGUCGCUGUUGAAGCAGAGUGUCAAGGUGGCUGGGGGUGCGGGCGGUGCGAACAAGGAGAGGGAGACGCCGCCCCCCAAGGGUGGUGCCAAGGGGAACAAGAAGGGUGGGAAGGGGUCGAAGAAGUCGGCCCGUCAGCAGGACUCCGAGGAUGAGGCGGGUGGCUCGGACGCUGAGGCGGCGCCCGCCAAGGGUCCCAGCAAUGUCAAGGACAAGAUCCUCAGCUAUAUCGAGUCGGUGGAGGCGCAGGAGGUCGUGGGCGGUGACGAGUGGGAGGUCAUCGGAUUCGCAGAGCCUGGCGCUUUCAAGGGACUGAAUGACUUCGUUGGCAAUGAGACCCGUGGCCGAGGACGCGUGGAGGUUCUUGACAUGGCCGUCACCCACGAGGACUAAACCCAAGCAUCUUUGAUAAGGGGGUAUAUGGACCGCAUUUCACCUAGAGCCUGUAUAGAUGACAUGACUGAUGACCAGCAAAACACCGGAUAUGAAGUGUACGAGAACCAUUCUGAG